GAACUUGUACUUCACCUUUUAUCUCCAUAUUAAAUACAGCCACAGAACCAAAAGAAAAAACCCAACAUGCAAACAAGCAUUUCUUAUCCACACAAAAAUGAGAACAUAUCAAUAUCCUAAUACCAACACUCGAGAAAAAAACAUAAAAAAUCACAGAAUAAAAAAGGACCCCAAUAGAAAGGAAAAAAAAGCCCUUAGCCAUGGCAGCAACUUCAACACACAUGGCUUCAACUCAUUUCAGCAUGUUAAGUUAUUGGACAACAAUGGGAAACAAACAGCUCAAAAGAAGAAACUUUUUCUCAGUUUCAGCACAGCAAGCAGAAGUUGAAGAACUAAAAGUAGAAAAAGAUGAAGAAAAGAAAGAAGAAGAACAAGCAAUGAAACAGCCAAGGCCAGUGGAACCACAGAUAAAUGUGAAGAGCAAGAACAUGAGCAGAGAAUAUGGAGGACAAUGGCUAAGUUCUGCUACUAGACAUGUUAGAAUAUAUGCAGCAUAUAUUGAUCCUGAAACUUUUGCUUUUGACCAAACACAAAUGGAUAAACUUACACUUAUCCUUGAUCCUACUGAUGAAUUUGUUUGGACUGAUGAUACUUGCACCAAGGUCUACUCUUACUUCCAAGAACUUGUUGAUCAUUAUGAGGGAGCUCCAUUGACGGAAUACACGCUUCGCCUGAUCGGUUCAGACAUAGAGCACUACAUAAGAAAGCUUCUAUAUACUGGAAAAAUCCAAUACAACAUGAAUGCAAAAGUUCUUAACUUCAGCAUGGGGAAACCAAGAGUUGGGUUCAAUUACAAUGGCCAAAUGGAAGAUGUAAACCAGUAAAUUCAGGUAACAACGUUGACUAUAUUGAAACAAUGAGUAGCAGAACCAAGUUUUAAGAAUGUAAAUGAAAAUUUCACCUUCUCUUCUAAGUAUGUAUAUGAUCUUCUCUAUGUCUGUUUUCAA